AGUUAAUAAAUAUUUUGUCCCCUUUAUUUGUUUCACAUCAAAUUUCUCCUUUAACAUAUGGACUUGUGCUUCUUGUAUCAUACUCUAUAUGGCAUGUUGGAACAGUGUUAUGCAUUUUGAAAAUACAAGGGUCUAAACUCUAGUGGGGAUAGUUUCACGUGGUAUUCUUGUAAUCACCUAUUCUUAUAUUACAUCAAGUAUAUAAAAAACCAACCCUUUCUUUAUUUUUUUUUUUUUGAGAAAGAACUCUGCAUUUUUUUGUUCAGUGAGAGCUUAAUCUUCCUAGUUUAGGUAAAUAUAUAUAUAUUUUUUAUCUUAAACGGUAAACUGAUUCAAUUUAAGUGCGCUUUGACAGAGGAAUUUAUGCUGAAGCUGAUUUAGUUUUCAAGUAGCAAGAGUUAGGGUAUGCCAAUUACGAGUUGGACAACUAAUUUCCUUUAUAAUUUCUUUUUCAAUUAUAGUAGUGAAUGCUCUGAUAAAAUGCCUGAUAUUAAGAGCAUUCUCGAUUGCAGGCCUAGAAAGGGGGAAAUUAGGGCACAUCCUAAGUUGCAUGAUGCAUAGGUUAUGGCUUUACAUUGAAACUCAUUCUUUAAUGGAAUCAGUGUUAACUAGGAUUCUAGGUUUACAUGAAGUUGCUUUUUUGGGACUUGAUUUCAGUUGUUAUUCUACAAACUAAUGUUUCUUGACAUGACAUUGUGCCAUUUGUUCAGUAGUUAUUGUGUUAUUUAUUUAUAUGAUCGGAAUGUAAUCCGACUCUCCAUUUGGCCUUUGUUGUGUCCUCUAUUGUCUCUCAACAUGGCAAAACAACAUAACUAUUAUUCUCUAACUGGAGUAAAAUGUGUUUGGAUAAUCAUUUUUUUUUAUUUGUUUAGAUGAUUGUGAUAUCAGUUAGUCCUCAAUUUGACUUAUAUUUAAUUUCUAUUGAGCAUUGUUUUAUAUUUCACCUUAGCAUGACAACACCUUUCUUUUCUCCUUUUACUGGAUUACGAAUGGACCACUAUGACCUGCAGGUGCAGAGAAGGGAGAUGAAGCAUAAAGGAAGAAAUGUAGUUUGGUCGAUUGCAAUGGACAAGUGUCUAAUUGAAGCUCUGGCCAUUCAGGCUAAAAAUGGGAAUAAAAUUGACAAAUGCUUUAAUGAAAAUGCAUAUACUGCUGCUUGUAUUGCCGUGAAUUCUCGUUUUAAUUUAAACUUGAACAAUCAAAAAGUUGUUAAUCGUCUUAAGACAAUUAAGAAAAGGUACAAGGUAGUGAGGGAUUUGCUAAGUCAAGAUGGAUUCAGGUGGAAUCCGAAUGCAAAGAUGAUCGAAUGUGACAGCGAAGAUCUUUGGAAAAGAUAUAUAGCGGCACAUCCUGAUGCAAGAGGAUUUCGAGGAAAACAGAUUGAGAUGUAUGAUGAGCUAAAGAUUGUUUGUGGAAAUUAUCAAGCGCCUAGUCGUUGGGCGAAGAUGAAGGAUGGAAAUCAUCUAACUGGGUUUAAGAAUUUUGAAGAAAAUUCUGCUUCUUUCUUAUCACCAAGUUCAGAUGACUUAAGUGAUACAGAUGGAACGGAGUCAUAUACUGGGCCACCGGAGUAUUUGCAAGACGGUAGCCAAGACCUUCCUCAAAUGGAGCCUCUCAGACAACUUCGAAAGCGACCUCGUGGCUCAGAUGCUCUUCAGGAGGCAAUGUUGGCGCUGGCUUCUGGCAUUCGGCGGUUGGCUGAUGCAGUGGAGCGGAGUAAGACUACAAUCAAUACCUCUGAAUUGCUUGUGGCUGUUAUGGAGAUUGAUGGUCUGGAAGAAGCUAAACAGAUGUAUGCAUUUGAGUAUUUGAAUGCCGACCCUAUCAAAGCAAGAGCCUUCAUGACGUACAAUGUUCGGAUGAGGAAGACAUAUUUGUUUAGACAGUUUUGGUGGUGGAAAUGACAGGUGUUGAAUUUCAAACCUUUCGGUAUAUAAUCUACAGUGCUAUGGGAAUAGUUAUAGAUGUUGGCACAUUAAACCUGACUUCUAUGAUCCUUGGAGAUGAAUGUACAGAUUUCAGAUGUUCAACGGUUAUCAUAUAUGGCUUGAAGCCGGUACUGUAAAGAAACAAACAGGGAGCUUUAUGUCUUGUCUUUGAGUGAAGCUAAGUUGUGUUAUUCAGAAUCAGCAUUUCACUAAGCAAUAUGAUUAUAUUGUUAUUUUUACUUCUUGUUUUUCAGAUCCAUCCAUGCUUGAUGGAUGCUGGUCGCGGUUCAUAUUACUUUGUAAGACAUAAUUGAUUUGUUUCAUGUUAACGAGCAAAAUAUUUUUCAUUUUUA